AUGGACGCUGGAGAAGGCCAGGCGCCUUUCUCCCCCCCUGCGGGUUCAGUGCCGGAUCAACGCAACGUUCAGGUCGACAAUGCCAUUCGCGCUAUUCAGGAGAAGAAGCCUCUUCCUGAGAUCGACUUCAGCAUCCAUACUAUGGAAGAUGGUACACAAGUUAGCACUAUGGAACGGGUCUGCAAAGAUGUUCAAGCGCCCGCCACAUUCAAGCCUACCGACGAACAGUUUUUCGAGGAUGAUACCCAUACGAAACCCAACAUUACUUUUUUGAAGCAGCACUUUUAUCGCGAAGGCCGAUUGACCGACGAGCAAGCCUUAUGGAUCAUCAAGACUGGUACUGAGCUCCUACGCAGCGAGCCCAACCUAUUGGAGAUGGAUGCCCCUAUAACAGUCUGCGGUGACGUUCACGGCCAAUACUACGAUCUGAUGAAGCUUUUCGAAGUCGGUGGCGACCCGGCUGAGACCAGGUAUCUCUUCCUUGGCGAUUAUGUCGAUCGAGGCUAUUUCAGUAUCGAGUGUGUUCUAUACUUGUGGUGCUUGAAGAUACAUUACCCAAAGACUCUUUGGUUGCUACGCGGGAACCACGAGUGUCGCCAUUUGACCGACUACUUCACCUUCAAGCUUGAAUGCAAGCACAAGUACUCCGAGGCUAUCUACGAAGCUUGUAUGGAGUCAUUCUGCUCUCUUCCGCUUGCUGCUGUAAUGAAUAAACAAUUCCUCUGCAUCCACGGAGGGCUCAGCCCCGAGCUGCAUACGUUGGAUGAUCUGAGAAAUAUUGACCGCUUCCGGGAACCGCCUACCCAAGGAUUGAUGUGCGAUAUCCUAUGGGCUGAUCCCCUAGAGGAUUUCGGUCAGGAGAAGACCAGCGAAUACUUCAUGCACAAUCAUGUGCGCGGUUGUUCGUAUUUUUUCUCCUACCCUGCGGCAUGCGCCUUCUUAGAGAAGAACAACCUGCUCUCCAUAAUUCGAGCACACGAGGCUCAAGACGCUGGUUAUCGUAUGUACCGUAAGACUAGAACUACCGGGUUCCCAAGCGUUAUGACCAUAUUCUCCGCGCCCAACUACCUCGACGUUUAUAACAACAAGGCGGCGGUAUUGAAAUACGAGAACAAUGUUAUGAAUAUUCGGCAGUUCAAUUGCACACCGCAUCCGUAUUGGCUUCCUAACUUUAUGGACGUAUUCACUUGGUCUUUACCGUUUGUUGGUGAGAAAAUUACCGAUAUGCUAAUCGCCAUCCUACAUACCUGCUCAGAGGAGGAGCUUAAAGAGGAAACACCUCUAUCGUCGUCUCCUGGCCCGCAGUCGCCUCCGCUCGGCGGUCCUUUAUCAGACCCGGAUUCGAUUGAGUACAAGAGACGGGCCAUUAAGAACAAAAUCUUGGCCAUUGGUCGACUAUCACGAGUUUUCCAGGUACUUCGGGAGGAGUCCGAGAGCGUUACGGAACUCAAGACCGUAUCCGGUGGACGACUACCUGCGGGUACACUCAUGCUUGGCGCAGAAGGAAUCAAGAACGCCAUUAAUACCUUCGAGGAUGCUAGGAAAGUCGAUCUCCAGAACGAGAGGUUGCCACCUAGUCAUGAGGAAGUUCAGAAGCACCAGGAAGAGGAACGACAGCAGGCAUUAGAGAGAGCCUCCCGGGAGGCUGACAAUGAUAAGAAACUACAAACCCUUUCCAGGAGGUUGAGCACGUAA